AUAGACCUAAUAUACAAGUUCUCUUCUUCUUAUGCGCACGUCUAAUUCUAUGUUUCUUUCAUUUUAUUCUUUAUUUAAUAUGGUAUCAGAGCCGAAAUCCUGGCUAUUUUAGAUUAAUCGACAAAACAGCCAUACCUCACGGAGAUGGCAGUUGGUGAUGAAAACAGCGGCAAUGGCGCUACCUUGACCAUUGACUGCAUGUCGCCUUACUUUAUUCAAUCCGGUGAUAAACCCGGUGAUGUCUUCGUUACUUCUCUUUUACGUGACGGCAAUUACGGAGACUGGCUCGAUGAAAUGAGUAACGCUCUGUAUGCCAAAAAUAAAAUUGGUUUUGUCAAUGGUGAUAUUCCUAUGCCGGCAAGCAAUUCCCCUUAUUUACCGUAUUGGCAGAGGGCAAACGCAAUGGUGAAAGCUUGGCUAAACAGCAGUAUGGAGCUCGAAUUACGCCAAAGUGUCAAGUUUAAAACGGCACGCGAAAUAUGGGUCGACCUUGACGAACGGUUCGGUAAGGAGAGUGCACCCCGGGCAUAUGAAUUACGGUGUGCUCUUGGGGCCGUUCGACAGGAGGGGCAGUCUGUGUCGGCAUAUUUUAGCCGGCUCCGACGAAUUUGGGAUGAGAUGGCUUCAAUUUCUAAGGCGCCAAGUUGCAAUUGUGGGAAGUGUACGUGUAAUCUCACAAAACAUUACAAUGAAGCUCGAGAUAGAGAUCACUUGUACGAUUUCUUAAUGGGUCUAGAUGAAUAUUACGGACCUCUCAAAAGUCAUAUUUUAGCCACUCGUCCCAUCCCUACUUUAACCGCAGCGUACCACUUAAUCUCAGAAGCAGAACAUCACCGCAAUAUUGUCACAACAAGGAAGACAGGUGUUGAAAACGCAGCCUUCCAAGCGCAGGUCAAAACAGCUUUUGACCCAAAUAAAAAACUGCUUGGUGGAAAGCUCUGCACGCACUGUGGCCGAACAAACCACACCGUUGAUUCCUAUUUUGAGAUCGUGGGUUACCCAUCUAAUUGGAAUCUACGUGGCAAGGAACAGAAGCAACAAAUGCCACGCACUGGAGAAGGGCGAUCAACUGACCGCAACUCACGUAGCACCGACCGCGGCAGAAGAGGCAGUGGAGCGCCUAAGGCCGCACAUGUGGACAGUAGCGAACAGCUGGCAGGCCUAUCCACUGAUCAAUUGCAGCGCCUAGCGCAAUUUAUGCGCACCGAAUUUGAUAAGCAGGGACCCACUUCUCAAAAUUCCCAUAACAUGCAGGUCAAUAUGGCAGGAACAGGAAGGUUCGACUCACCAUGGAUAAUCGAUUCGGGCGCAUCCGAACACAUUACAUGUGAUGAUAGAUUACUGACUGAUAUAAUGGCAAAUCCUUCAGAAUCUCCUGUCCGAAUUCCCAAUGGACUUACCCUCGAGGAAGCUGAUUGGGGUGGGUAGGUGUCAUGGCGGUUUAUAUUACUUGGAGCCUUCAAGCAGUGAACGGGUGGCAAUGAUGGUUUCUUCACAAUAUGAAGUUUGGCACAGACGUUUGGGACAUGCUUCUGAUGACAAGCUUCGUCACAUUGUUUUUUUGCAAGGUUCAAAGAAAAGUAUUUCUUUUUGUGAUUCUUGUGUUCGAGCUAAGCAAACUCGUCUUCCUUUCCCAAAUAGUUCAAUAAAAACACAACAAAGUUUUGACUUAAUUCAUUGUGAUAUUUGGGGUGGAUAUAAAUGCCCUUCCCUCACUGGUGC